AGUCUUUGCACUCAAUAGUGAUUACUUUGAUGUGAACGUUAAAAUGGAUCAUGUUGGUAAAGUUAACAGGAGACAAAAUCCUAGGGAAAGGGCCAACGUUUUAUCGCUUUUGACUUUUUCAUACACCAAAGGCCUGUUCCAGCGCUCUUUAAAAAAAGACUUAGAAGAAGACGACAUCUAUGACGUAGUAAAACCAUGCAACGCCAAAAAAAAUGGCGACAUAUUUGAAAAAGCUUGGAAAACUCACCGUGCGAACGGAAAAACAUCUUUACUACCAAUUUUAUGGAAAUGUUUCGGCUAUCAAUACCUCUUCCUAGGAGUAAUAAACUUAUCAUGGAAAUUGAUAACAAGUAUAUACGAACCAGAAGCAAUCUCAAAACUGGUCUCCUACUUCAACCCAUUUCAAACAUCGGUCACCUUCCAAGACGCAGUUUUCUACGCUGGAAUCAAAGUAGGUCUCCGAUUGGCUCAUGCCUUCUACAUGCAAAACUACAUCAUCUACGUGCAACAAUUGGCAAUCAAAAUACGCACAUCAUUUUGUUCGUUGGUCUACAGGAAAGCUUUAAAGCUGACCCCAACUGCAAUGAAUGAAAUCAGUUUAGGCAACGUGAUAACUGUAAUCACCAAAGAUGUUAUGGUGUUUCAGCAAAACAUGAUGUUGUUUAAUGACAUGUGGAUGGAAACAAUUAGGUUGUGUGUUGUUUGCUAUUUGAUCUACAACAAAAUGGGCUGGACUGGCUUUGUUGGGGUUGUUAUUUUGUUGGUUAUUGUGCCAGCUCAAAUUUAUGUGGCAAAACUAAUCAAAAACCUACGAUUGAGUCUUUCGGAAAAAACCGACCAACGUUUGCAAGCGACCCAAGAAACCCUAUCGGCAAUAAAAAUAAUCAAAAUGUACACGUGGGAAAAAGUAUUUGCUGCCAAAGUUGAAGAAAAAAGACGACUGGAAAUGACUUAUCUAAUGCGCGCCUUCUACCUACGCUCAGCUAACUUCAUCCUAGGAAUGCUCACCUCAAAAAUAGGCUUCUACGCCCUUAUAAUGACUUACAUUGCAGUCAACAAAACCGCAGACGCUGAAGUAAUUUUCUAUUCAAUGAAAUGCUUCGGUGAUAUAAGAGGCUCUAUAACCAUGCUUAUACCGCUGGGUUUAGGCAGAGGUGCUGAACUCUAUGCUUCAAUGUUUAGAAUCAACAAAAUCCUAACCGCUCCUGAGCUGGACGACAGCGAAAACACCGACUACGAUAAGCCAAAGGUUGUACUAGACCAAGCCACUGUAAAAAUAAAAACCCACGAGAUUCUAAAACAAGUUACAUUGAAGCUAAAACCUGGCCUGACAAUUGUCACAGGUGGUUUAGGCAGUGGCAAAAGCUCCUUACUAAAACUAUUCUUAAAAGAUUUCAAUUUAAACGAAGGCCGCUCCUAUAUUAGAGGCUCCUUUUCUUACAGCUCACAAGACCCUUGGCUAUUUCCCUCCUCAAUAAGACAAAACAUAAUUUUUGGCCAACCCUUUAACGAACACAGAUACAAUGAAGUUAUAAAAGUAUGUGCCUUACAUUACGACUUUAACACAUUUGAAAAAGGAGAUGAAACUAUUGUAGCAGAUAGAGGCAUCAAUUUAAGUGGAGGCCAACAGGCCAGAAUUAAUUUAGCCAGGGCAAUUUACAAAAAAAGCGACAUUUACUUGUUAGAUGAUCCAUUACACGCCUUAGACCCAAAUGUCCAAGAUUACAUUUUCCAAAACUGUAUUCAAGGCUUUUUAAAGGGAGAAUUUGUCGUGCUGGUUACACAUAAUUUGAGACACAAAAACAGCGCUGAUCAGUUGAUUGUAUUAAAAGAUGGUAAAUUAAUUUACGAUGGAAAACCAACUGGGGCCAAAGUUGAUUUGAUUAAAGAGAUUGAAAAAGAUGAAAUUGAUGAACAAAUUGAUGAUGAAAAUGAUGAAGCAACAGAAAAAUCUAAGUUGUUGCCAUCGCUUGCCAAGGGCCGCAAAAAGGUUUACAGUGAAAUUAAAAAAACCGGCCAAGUGGAUAUGGGGGUUUACAAGCAAUAUUUCUCUUAUGGAGGUGGAUUUUGUGUAUUUUUAGCCAUUGCCUCCUUGUUUGUUGGGGCAGAGUUUUCAGAAAGCUACUCCUCAAGACUUCUAACCAACUGGAUCAAUAUCGAGCAAAAUGUCAGCAAUAUGAAAGUGGGCAAUUGGACUACAAACGAAGUUGUUUUGAUGACUGAUAAAGCUGAUUGGUUGCUGAAAAUCUACUCGGCAAUGAUUUUGGGUUCGGUGCUGUUGGAUUUGGUCAAGCAGUAUUUGUUUAUUAAUUUUGCAAGAAAGGCUUCAAUUAAUUUGCAUAAUGAAAUGAUUGAAAAGCUGACCACAACAGUGAUGAGUUUCUAUGAUAAUUAUUUCAUUGGGAAUAUUUUGAAUAGGUUUUCGCAGGAUUUGACCAAGAUUGAUGAACAUUUGCCGCACACUAUUAAUCAUUUUACUAGGGUAGUACUCUCAGUUGGAGGUGUAGUGGGUCUAGUUUCAACUGUAAACUGGAGAUUUUUAAUUCCAGCUGUGGUACUUGUAAUAAUGAUGAUUUGCAUGCAGCGUUUGUACAUACCGGCCGCUAGGAGUUUGAAACGAUUGGAAUCUGCCACUCGCAGUCCUCUAAUCGGCCACCUGAACGCAACCAUGGAAGGCGUCACAACGGUGCGAGCCUUCAAAGCCCAAAAAGUCCUUGUAGAAGAAUUUGACAGGCACCAAGAUCUCUACACCUCGGCCUACUACAUGACUUUUUGUGCCAGAGGAGCCUUUGGAUUUUGCAUGGAGAUGCUAUCGUGCACUUUUCUAUCAAUCAUAGUUGGAAAGCUGCUAUUUUUCAAUACAGGUGAAGUUGGUGGUGAUGUUGGCCUAGCAAUAACCAAAGCCUCAAUGCUAGCAGGCCUGGUCCAGUGGGCCCUGAUGCAACUCUCUGACCUGGAAAACGACAUGACGUCAGUAGAAAGAGUUCUAGAAUACAGUGCCUUACCUCAAGACGACUACCAAGGAGACAAACCUCAAGACUGGCCCUCAAAAGGUGCAAUCCUCUACAAAAACGUCUCACUAACCUACAAAUCAGACAGGGUCCUCAAAGACAUCAGUUUCGAAGUCAAGCCCCAACAGAAAGUCGGAAUUGUUGGUCGUACAGGUGCGGGAAAAUCUUCAGUAAUAUCCGCCUUGUUUAGGCUCUACAAUUUUGACGGAAUUGUCAAAGUUGAUGGCAUUGAUACCAAACAAAUCAGCCUGGAUUAUUUACGAAACAAAAUAUCAAUUAUUCCACAAGAUCCGCUAUUAUUUCAAGGCACUAUAAGGCAAAACAUUGACCCACACAACAGCUAUUCCGAUGAUGAUAUUUGGAAAACUUUGGAUAAAGUCCACAUGCGUGAGCACAUUGACAAUUUAGAACUUACUAUAACCGAUCAUGGUUCUAAUUUUUCUACAGGCCAAAGGCAGUUGAUUUGUUUGGCUCGCGCUAUAAUCAAAAAGAACAAAAUAGUUGUUUUGGACGAGGCUACGGCCAACAUGGAUCCAGAUACAGAGAUUUUUGCUCAGCAAGCUAUUGAUGAUAAUUUCAAAGAUUCUACAGUGUUUAUUAUUGCUCAUAGGCUACAUGCGGUGCUACAUUGUGAUAGAAUCAUUGUUUUGGAUAAAGGGCAAAUUGUGGAGUUUGAUGAUCCAAGGCGUUUGCUUGAGAAUAAGGACAGUUAUUUUUCUAAGAUGUUGGCGACUGAUUCUGCUGAUACUUUUAAGUGA